CAUUGUUUUGGGGAUGGUCCGGUGUGUACAAAACAGGCAACAGCGUUAGACAAGUGCCGCAUUCGGGAGCAAGUGAAAGAACCUACUUGUACGUGGUGCGUGCCUUUCUCUAUUGUUCCAUCGCACUCUCCUGCUUUAGCAAAUACACUUUCACCCUACUCCCGUGGGCUUACUCCCGUCUUUACGCAAAAGGGUCAGGAAACGAAUAAAUUGCGUCGGAAUAUCCUUACACAGCAAUCGACCGGGACAUUGGGGCCAGCGUUAGUGAAGCCAGUAGUUUGCAUCUGGUGUCUGGUGUACACACAUCAGCUGUGCUUUCAACCCUCUUAGUGUUACGAAUAACGCUCACCAAGGAAACAAAAGUAUCAACCAGCAGCGAAGGUAUUGUAGCAGAUGGAGAGCAGCCCGAGUUUGGAGCGGGAAUCACCAGCAGUCGAUGACCAGCAACCGAUCAUCCUGUCGGAUGAUGCCGAACGCACGUCGGAAAAUGAUGGGCGACGUAACAAACCGACACCGAUGCCGGCGAUCGAGUCGCAAAAUCCGCGCCUUCUAUCCUCGCUGUACAGCUUUCUCGUGAUCGUCAGCUUCUUUCUCGUCGGGUUUGCCGCGUUCCGCAACACACUGACCUGGCAUCUGCAGCGGUUCUGGGGCGCAUCCGGCGACUUCUGGCAGUCACAGUGGGAUCGCUUCAUCGACUUCACCGGCGAGGAUCCGGCCCGGCUGUGGGUGCUGAGUACCACCAUCUUCACGAUGGCGGUGUACUGGGUGUUCGGUGGCAUCUACACACUGUUCGAUGUGACGUGCCGGCCGGCGAUCAUACGCCGGUACAAGAUGCAACCGGGCACGAACGAACCGGUCGAUCGGCGCCGGCUGGCGAAGGUGAUUGCGACCGUGCUGAUGAACCAAACGGUGGUCGGUGUACCGAUGGCGUACUGCAUGUACCAGGCGAUGCGUUUCCGGGGGCUGAAUGAUUUGCGCGAGCUGCCCACCUUUCACUGGGUGCUGGCGGAGCUGUCAUUCUGCAUCUUUAUAGAGGAGAUUGGCUUCUACUACGCCCACCGGCUGCUGCACAGCCGACGGAUUUACCGGUACAUCCACAAGCAGCACCACGAAUGGACGGCUCCGAUCGCCAUCACCGCCAUCUACUGCCAUCCGGUAGAGCACGUGUUUAGCAACCUGGUACCACCGUUUCUCGGCAUCUUCAUGCUCGGCAGCCACGUGGCGGUGGCCUGGCUGUGGUUUACGCUCGUAAUACUCUCCACGUUGAAUGCUCACUCCGGCUACCAUCUGCCAUUUUUUCCGAGUCCCGAAGCGCACGACUUCCACCACCUCAAGUUUAACCAAUGUUUCGGUGUGCUUGGAGUGCUCGAUCGUCUACACGGUACGGACGCACUGUUCCGCACGACGAAGGCAUAUGCACGGCACAUCAUGAUGCUGAGCUUUAUACCGGCCCGUGAAGCGUUCCCCGAACCGGCCAAGAAGGCUUUCUGAGAAGGGUGCGAAACGACACACCACAGAUAGAUCAGUUAGACACAGGCACCGUAUCCUGGUCACGGCACCAGAUCGUCAAAGUAAUUACAUCUUCUCACACCUAUUUCACAUCACCACAUCACCACACAGUCACACAUCCUGAACGGAAGCAAAACGAGCUUCAAAUCGAUGUUCGGUGUGAGCAUUCUUAGAGCUACGGCUACGCUAAGAUACCCAUCGUCACCACACAGAACCCGAACUGGAUCACGCUGGAAUCCACAGGUCGUCGAUGAGGCUGUAUCGUACAGAGAAAAAAAAAACCCUAUUACUACUCUCCUUCUAUAUGUCCAAGAAUGUAUUUUUUGUUUGCGAAAUGUCAAAACGAUUAUACUUAAUAAACUUCACAAACUACACUGAACGUCCGAUAAAGUGACG